GUGAACAUUCAGCUUGUGAAACACCUCAUUCUGGAUAAUCAACGCAUAACCUGUCAUGAAAUUGCACAAGAGACAAAUCUUUCUGUGGGAACAGUGAACACAAUCAUUCAUGAACAUUUGCAUUUUCAAAAACUUGGUGCAUGCUGGGUAUCAAGACAGCUUUCCACUUUUGUCCAGAACAGAAGUGUUGAAAUCUGCAGUACGUUGAAGGAGCAUUUUGAUAGGGAAGGACAGGAUUUUCUGGAUCAUGUCAUUACAUGUGAAGAAUCCAAGGCACAUAAUUUCACUCUGGAAUCAAAACAAGCAUCAAAGCGGCAGAAGCAUGUGCACUCGCCACCACCAAAAAAAUUUGUGUCUGCAGGUGACGGGUAA